GGUAUAAAGACAAGGUUGGUGAUUUACUGCCACCUGCAUUUAUUGAAUGUUUGCUCAAGAGUACAAUUCAUUGGCUGAUCACUCCUCGUGUGAUCCUUCCUUAAACCAUAGGAAGUCCCACCCAGUUGACUACCUCAAAAUUGUGAAAGUCCUCAAUGGCUCUACCCAUGCAAAAAAUUGGCUUUUGGGCACUAGCAUCCUCUUUCUAUCUCUAUGGUUAGUAUCAUUAGCCAGAGGAACAACAGUACUGCAUAUAGCAGUUAACAAUAAAACUUGACAUUUGAAAAAGCCCAACCCUCAGCCUUAGAAGGAACUGAAAUGAGUAGCCUGUCAUCCAAAGGCAGCGUCUGACUGGUGUACACAGUAAUCAUGACUCAAAUGUGUGUUUCUGGUGUGUAUUAGGUUUCAAAACUAAUGAAGGACUUGGUAUCUUGCUUUUUUCUUUUGGAUUUUGUCUUGACUGACCAUUCCAGUAGCAUCAAAGUGGAGGAAAUGUAUUUACUCUGAGCUGAGAAAACACUUAUACUCUACAGGCAGCAGCACAAGGAAAGGAAAACAUUUUCUUCAGUGAAGAAUGAGCGAAAGUUUCAAGGAAGGCCCUGACAUUCAGGGGACACAGUUCAGGGGUCCCUCUCUGUCCCAGCAGAGGAGGGUCAUCCAUUUCUCCAGCGGUGAGACUCUGGAGGAAGAUAAUAGUGAGGAAGAGGAGGAUACAUCACAUGAGCAGGUGUUUAGGGAGCCUGAAGACAUGCUUAAACUCCCGUGGAAAGCAUAUACUUGGUCUCUGGGCAGGAAGUCAUUGCGCACUUGUGAUUUUCUUGGGGAAAAACUGGCUGGUCUACUUGGCCUUAACACUGCCAAAUACCAGUAUGCUGUAGACGAAUAUCAACGCUCCAUUAAGACCACAGCCAGUGAAGAAACUGAAUGCUCUUAUGAGGAAGGCACAGAGAGAAUUCACCUUUCUUCAAGGAUGAGCAGUGAAUAUGGGGCCACAAGCUUCUACAGACUCCCUGAUGGUUCUCAAGCCUCCCAAAACAUUGAGCACAGAACUACAGGAUCCCACAACAAGGGCUAUCAAAAUGAUAAUGAGCACUGAGAAAGAACUAGCUAUUAUGAAUUUAACAUAUUAACAUGUGUUAAGAAAGCUAAUAUUAAUGUUGAUGUGUGUAUUUUUUGCUGUUCCUCUCGCUAUGGUUUCUACCAAACCAGGGUUCAAAUACAUGCAUAUUUGAUAUUUAAAAUACUUGUUUCUGUGUAUUUGAGUAUUGCCCAAAACCAGUACCUUUAUACUCCUGAGACCCAGGAAUACCUUUUUGUCCUCUCUAGUGGACAUCAGUUCUUGGUCCAUAUCACUGAGGCCAUACAAGCCGUUGUAUUGAGUCCUGCUGCCGUCAAAAUUAGGCAAUUUUAUGGAAAAUUUUAAGAGUGUGUAAUUAUUAAUUAUUUUUGUGAGUUUGAUAUUCAAAUUGUUUCUAGAAAGUGAAUAUCUCAGGAAUAGUUAAGUGAGUUGUCAGGACUGUGUAAUAAUUGUUUCACAUUAAAUAAGGGCUAAAUAAGAGCUUAUCAAGAAAUGUCCUCUGUAAUGGACCACCCGGAUGCCGCAACUAUGUUUUCACCUACUGUACCCAUUGACUGCAAUGUCCAUUUUUUUCAUAUUUACGUCCUAAUGACCACUACAGGGAACAAUUUUGCACUUACAAUAAAAGAUAAAUAACAAUAUUA